AUGCAGCGCAACGAAGUGGAUGCAUCUAUGACCUCAGUUGGCCUCGGCACUCCCGAUGUGUGGCAGAAAUUGGGUCAGGAACUGGAAGGCAAAACGCAACUGGAGCAGCCGCGAGUGUCCAAGAAAGUUUUGGUAAAGGCUCUACGUAUGCAGACAGAAGCCAUGCGCUACAUGGCUGACGAGUUCGACCGAUUGCGGGACAAAAUGGCGGAGAUGGAGCGAGAAGCUCGCAACACGGCGAAGCACGUGGAACGAGUCAACUCGAAGCUCAUUACCGUUCAGGGUCAAGUUGAGGACAUGAACACUAAAGUGUACGAGAUCGAAGUGGUGCAGACUAAACAGGCCGAACAACUCAAGGAGAUCGACGAAGUUGCAGUCCAAGUACGAGCCACUCGCGAGGAAGUUGAGCACGUCGCAAAGAGUGUCGAGAAGGCCAAUUUCGUUCACAACGAGUUCGUCCAGCAGACCGAGCACAAGCUUCAUGUCAUUCGAGAAGACCACGAAGUGACCAAAAAAUUCGCCAUGAAGAUCGAAGACCGUCUGAAUGAAGAGCAGAAGGAAUUGUUCCUGGACUCGGACCACAUUCUUCACAACAAAUUGUCGCUAGCGAUGUGGAUGGAGGCCGUUGAGAAGGACAACAAACGGAAGGAUGAAGCUCUGCGUGACUGCACCGACAAGAUGAUCAAACAAGGGCGCAAUGUGCAGGAUAUGAUGCUCGAGACUCGUCGUACUUUGGACGACAACACUUGUGCCGUGGAAGACGUACAGCGUUUGUUACUGGACAAAGCCGAUCGCACGCGGGUGGACGAGAUCAUUGAGUCCAAGUACGAGGAGAUCUGCAAUCAACUGGACAAGGCGCUGGCUUCGGUUCUGGGUGAAGAGGAUGAAUUCAAACGAGCCAGUCAGGAGCUCCAGCAACUUGUGACGCAUCUGAGCGAGAGUAAAGCAGACAAGAAGGAUCUUCUCGAAGUCAAGGAGCAAGUGCUCUACGACUCGCGUGUCCGUCAACAAGUGGAGAAUCUACGCUCCUUCAUCGACAUCAAGAUGAACCGGGACGACGUCUUCUCGGCACUCAAGACAAAGGCGGACAAGGACGAGAUGCUCGCUCUACUCAAGAACCUCUCGGACAGUAUGAACGCGUCCAUCGUGCAAGCUCAAAAGUCUCUCAACUAUGCAGACAGCGCCUUCCUCACUGGAAAACAGGCCGGACAUCACCAUGGAGGAGGCGCGUCCAACAGCGCACAAAAGCGAGCAGGGAUGUUGCCUAGUCUGGAUCGAGAAAAGUGUUUGUCCUGCAAUAGUCAACUGCGAGAUCCAUCGACUAUCCCCAGCGGGCCGAUCACCAACAAAAACCCCUUCCAGAUGGCUCCAGUCUAUGGCGGCGGCUUCCAUCUCCCGCCAGGUGCCGGGUCUAUCGAGAAGAAUGCCAUGCGCAAUCGAUCCAGUAACCUCAGCAACAACCACGUAGCCAGUGUCCCGUAUCUGUCUCCACGAACUGUUGCCAACAUGGCAUCGUCGGGACAGCUAGCGGAGAGCGCAAGUGAAGGGUUCCUCGUUGGAGUGGAUGGUCGUGUGUACCAAGCAGACCCAGAGGUAGUAGCUCAAGUCCAAACACGACCAAACCUUAAACUUCCUCAGGCUGUAGGUUCCAGAAGAGCGCCCCCUGUACACGACGAAGCUGACUGA